UUCGUGUCUUGGAUUUGAAAGUUCUUUGGAGACAAUCAGCAUCCAUAUUCACAAUCCAAAGACUCUUGGAUCAACCGACCAUGAAAGAAGACAUCAUGACACCCAUUCUCCUCCCCGACCGUGAAACCGUCAGCGAAGAAAGGGCUCGGGAGCUGGUGGCAGCCGACUUGAAGUUGACAGUGCCUGGCAUUACUCGACAUCGAGAAUCGGGGAAUGUGACGUUGAUUGAUACCAAGUGGCCUGGAAGAGUGGUUUCGUUAUUGCAGCAACAUCCCAAAUUGGCAGCUGAAAAGUUCCAAAAACCAAAAUCUUCUCGAACUUGUCUCUUUUUCAGUGAUAGAACGGAAGAUGAAGAUGGCUUCUACCCAUUGGCCUACCUGUUGUUGCUAUCGGAAUUUGACAACAUGACACUCUUGAAAGUCGUCAUCGACCUCUAUCCACAAGCUCUCCUCCACCCACGAGAGAAAAAUGGCAAUCUGCUCCUCCAUGAUGUUUGUGGAGGUCACUGUCGACAACGAAAUCCAGAUUUGCUCGUUCCACUCCUGGUCAACUCAUGUCCUGGGUCCGCUGCUACUCCAAACGCCAAGAAAUUGUUACCAUUACAACUCUGUCGCAGUUAUGCUUCUCUACCAGCGAUUCAAGCACUCGUCGAUGCCUACCCCCAAGGACUCUGUCACGUAGAUCCAUACACCGGAUAUACCUGCUUUUCCAGAGCACUCACAGCCUCCAAUGGACGUCCCAGUGUGGAGUACAUGCUCGACAAACUAGAUCAAGAAGAUUUGAUUCUAGACUCGAUCUUGGUCGCCAAGGAACGAAAAUGGCCCACCAAUCCCAUUCAUGUACCACACUUGCAACGUCUGCUGACAAGAGCAAGGUGUUUGAUCCUACGACAUGUCGAUUUGCAAGGAGAGAUUGUGCCAUCAACCAUCACCUCCCCAACAACAACAAACCUUCAAGUUUUGGAACUUUGUGAUCUUCAACUCAAGAAUGGUGGCACAGCCGAUGACCUGUUAGCACUAGUGUCUCAAUUGGCUCCCAAUCUCAAAGAACUAACGUUGUCUUUGUAUCGUCGUGAGAAUGAGGAACAUGAUGUCACAGCUCUGGUCGAUUCCAUGCUCCGAAGGAACAUUGUGGAAAAGUUGGAGCUGAGAAAUGCCGUACGAAUCCGCCUGGAGGGCAUCUCUCACGAAUUGAAAAUCAACAAGAGUUUAAAGACGUUGUACUGUGAAGACAGUCUGACACAACCCUCGUCACGCAAACUAUUGGCCAAUAUUCUGGAAGAAGGCAACGAUGUCUUGCAGGAUGUUGCCGUGCCGGACUUUCGUUGCACUCACAGUAAGCGAAUUGUCGGUUGGACCCGAUUGAAUUGGUGUGGACGACGCAAUCUACGGUUGCAAGAUGAUACCAUUACCCUGUCACAAUUCACCGAGUUUCUUGCGCGUUGGAAGAUUGCAGCCAUCACAGGAAAGCCACGACCCGUGGUGCAACGAGGAUGUCAUAAUAUCCCACAACAAUACACUCAAAACAAUAGUCUGGCAGUGAGACUGGAUCCAGCAGCGGCUCUCAAUGUAUGGUUUUGUUUCCUUCGAGAAUCGGCAGACAUGUGGAGUUAUGCGUACUAGUAUGAUGUGGAGCCACAGUCUGAUACUGGUAGUUGAUGCAAGGAUAUGACAACAUAAUUGCUCCCUUUUCAACGUUUGAAUCUACUAGUACUUUAAUUAAAACUAUCCCUUGAUGACAAUCGUGUCAAUGC